UUGUAGAUUACACCACAAUGGCGCCGCCAGUAAUACAUGGGGAACCGAAAAUUGUACAAGAUACCAAAACAAACACUGUCAGUUUAGAAGUGGUCGUAUCCGGUAUUUUACCCGAGAAAACAAAGUGGUUUUUGGGUGAAAAAGAAAUUGAACCAACCGAAACAUACGUUUUUUCACAGCACGAUGAAGGUGGCAAGAGAACUUUAUUAAAAUGUGAAAUUAAGAAUUUCGAUAAGGAACUGGCAGGCUCAUAUAAGGUGAAAUUCUGCAGCAGCGAUGGCGAAAAUAGUGCUACAUUUACUGUGAAAGCUGGAAAUGCACCGGAAUUUCAUGAUAAGCCCCAUAUAGUACAACGUGAUGGUGGUAAUAUUAUUGUGAUUAAGGUUCGAGCGAAAUCACAUCUGGAAAUGACAGCUGAAUGGUUUAAGGAUGACAAGCCACUAAAAGCGACGGACCGAAUAAAAAUGGUGACGAAAAAAGACGAUAAAGACAAAGAGGGCUUACAGUAUUUAUUAGAAAUACAUGGACCAGUAAAAGAGGAUCAGGCCAAGUACAAGUGUGUGGUGAAGAAUCGUGAAGGUCAAAAUGAACAGUCGUUGAACCUGUGCUUCGAUUGAAUAGCUUCCUUAUUUGUCAGCAGCUUACAGUUAAUAGGACUUAUAAAGGGAUUCUCUUCUCAGAGAGUCAAGUGGAAAGGAUUUCGCCUUUUUCAAGUUCCGGAAAUUGAACAAUUUCUUCGAAACUUUCUCAAGAUUUUUUUUUGUUUCAGAGAUUAUAUGUCAUACUUUCUGUAACUGUUUCCGUCAUCAUCUGUGUCAAUGCCAGUGAUACAUUUUUUGUGUCGUGUUACUGUAGUGCCUUAAUUGUUGAGUAAAGUUGACAACAUUUUUAAUUAGCACACGACAUAAAC